AUGCAACAGCUGCCGGCUGCACCGCUUCCUAUUCAGGCGUUGCAGCACAAGGGUCGCCCGAAGAAGAUCACUCCGGGUCUAGACACGACCAACGUGGACAGUGAGGGCACUCCAGACGUCUACAGGAAUCUCAUCGAUAAGCUUCGCCGGCAUCGCGAUGUGGACGAACCCAUACUUGAGCCCUUAAGUCCAGACUGGCGAGCCGAACAAGAUCACCUUACAAAAUUCCUUAACGACAUCAAGACCCAGGAGCAAUGGAUACCACGCAUCGGGGACAUCGUGUUGUAUAUACGCAACAUGCCUGACACCGUUGAACUGGUUCGAGACAUCACCACCGGCGAGCUCCAGCUGUACGAUGAGCGCCGCAAGCAGCAUCUGGGUACUCCACAAUGGGCGGCAGGCCUGGUCACUGAGCCGGCUACUGGCACCACGGUCGCUGAGCUCGUCACCUCUACUCAGGAGCGCAGUGUUUCCAGCAUAGGUGUACGCGUUGAACCGAUCCCAAACCCUAAUGAGUCGGACAAGUCGCUUUCUAAGAGACACAAGUACGUCUUGUUGCGACAGACAAGCCCGUUCAUGAUGUGGAGAGAUCUCUUGCGUCGCAUCCCUCAAGAAGGAUGGCAUGACACGGUCAAGAACGCUCUCGCCCUGAUGUCGACGCUCUCUCUAAUGGGCAAGUAUCGGUUCCGAGGAUCUUGGCCUAACGCGAGCAUAUAUUGCCAUGGCAUCUACGUUGGUGCUGAGAUGCUCGCCGUGGGUGACACAGUCCGUCUCCUGCCCAACAAGCAAUCUGGUCAAACUGGCUGUACGGACGUCAUGAGCAUCAAAUCGAUUCGAUUGAAGUGGACCAAUCUGGAUAAGGCCUCUGACAAUGACUACGACGAAGGACGGCCAUACAACUCUGAGAUCUGGAUAUACGGGUCCGCAUAUACGAGCGACGGGUCACGCUCGAACAAGCUGUGGGUUUCCGAGCAAAACGUCGAGGCUCCGCGAGUUGCAAACGACUACGCAGACUGGUACCCAUUGCAUCCUGCCGAUAAGGAACUGGCAAUACCUUACUCACGCGUCCUCGGUCGCCUGCAUGAGCGCGAUGCCAUGGCCUACUUCCUCAAGUCCGACGAUGACAAUCCUCCAGGACUCGACGUUGGCCGGCAAUCUGUAGUAGAGGCGCGCGCCUUUGCUCGGAAACACGAUCAUCGUAUAGCAGCGGAGUCUGAUGCCACCUGGUACUGGGGAGAUGACCGGGCCGACGCUCUGAAUCUCCACAUCAUCAACGGUCUCGACGUGUCUAGAUACGACCUCGACCGCGAUGUCAAAGAUCUUCGACGCAAAUACCGGCAACUUGACGCUGUCGCGAAUGGGGAAGCCAAGUCUGCUCUAGAGACGCUUGGCAGCAAAGGACUCCGCAGCUUCAUGGCACCCACCUUGCCACUCCGCACGAGCGGCGCGAAAGCACCAAGUGAUAGUGGAAGUUCGUCUACCGCAAGUGCCAGUCAAGCCUCCCGAAAGCGCACGCACAUUGUCGACCUGGACGACGACGAGGAUGAUACCGAAGAAGACGACCUUGAUGGAGAGAUUAGGGAGCACACCAAGGUCGUCGCGGAAGACCGUGAACGUCCGAAGAAGAAGCCAAAGGUUAUGGUCGUGAUUGACUGA